AUGCAUCUUCUUCUUUGCCUCGCGACCGUCGCUGGCGCCCUGUCUACCAGAAUCGCCGGUGAAGGCGUGUACCGGCAGCCCGAGGCCAAGUCCGCCCUCACCGCCAAAGUCGAGAUCGGCGGAGCUCCAGCGAAUGCAACCACGUUUGACGGCGUCACCUCUGUGAUCCCCAUCCGCGGCGGCGUGGUCGGGGGAAGCUUCUUCCAAGGAAAUCUGGUGGCGAACCUCUCUUCCUCGGCGGAGAGGGUCCUGCCCGGCUCCAACGGCGGCAAGACGGAAGUAGAGACGCGGUGGGUCCUCGAGGAUGGGAAAGGCCAGCGCAUCCUGGCCAACAUGCAUGGCAUGACAACGUACGCCAACGAGGCGUUGCAUGGAUUCGGCGUCGCGCGCCUGAUGACGGAUGUCGACCAAUACUCGUGGGUGAGCUGGGAGACGUUUUCGGUCGAGUGGACGGGCGAGUACUACACUGGCACAGCGGAGUUUGAGGUGUUUUCGCUCGCCAGCGGUGGACGCAGGGACGGCAAGCCGAUCAAGGCGCUGCUCCCACCACCGGGAAAGGCGCAAUAGAGCGGCGGAUGGCAGGCUAGGCACAGACCGUGGAUCUACAGGCUUCAUGUUCAUGUUGUUUCCUGGGACCGACCAGGUGCCUACACGUAUCCCCGUGUAAGUGGCCGGGCUGUGCCAAGGUGUCAGUCUGGCGGUAUGGCGUGGGUCAUCAAUGGGUAGACGAGAGGGUUAUCCUAUCGGAGGGCUUUUCGCUUAGAUGAAAG